CUGUGCUGAAACUGAAACUGAUCAGUGAUCUAAUUCUGAUUAGUAAUCAAAUCACCAAAAUCACUGACAACUGAUCCAUUUUUAAGAAAGUUUUUGUCUAUUGCGUGCUAAUUGUGUUUUUGGCUUCUAAUUUCACUAACCUACAAGUUUUCUUCAAACUGUUGACCUACCUUUUCCAUCAGUUAUUGUUUUACCAUUUAGAUUUUUCUCCUUCGCUGAAGGUAAGCAACGCAAGUUGUGGACAUGUUGUGGAUCAUGGUCUCUCAUUAAAUUCUCCUUUAACCACUCAAAUAUUAUGACGUCCCAUACACGGUGUGAAAAUAAUUGCGCUUCAAAGAAUUUAAGGAGAAUUGGAACUGAGAAAAAUGAAUCGACAUCAAAUCAGGAAGCGCUCGAGAAAUAAAAAUCCAAAAAGCACAUUUGAGCAAGAUUAUAGCGAUGUCAGUCCUGAAGUUAUAACCCUUGAUAGUCGUCAAAAAAGGAAGUUGAGAGAACCAUGUCCAGUUAUUGAUCUUGAAGAUGAAGACGUAUCAAUCGUAUCUACUAAUCUCACGCAUUCCACUCCGAGUCUGCAAUCCCACGUCAGUAUCCACAAUAAAAUAAAAAAAAUGAAACAGAAAUUUGUUGAAGAAGUAUGUGUCAUUGAAAAUGAAUUACACAUAGAACCUCCAAAGAAACAAACUCAUGUCAUCAACAUUGAAGAGAAAGGAAAAUUCAGUACGAAAGACAAAACUAACUCGAUCGCACCUAAAUCGAUAACCGCUAUUUCCUCACCAGUCUCAAGUCUAAACUCUGAAAAAUCAAUAGACUUUGAAUCCCCUUCUUCUGUGCUCUUUCCUGUUGCUUCCUCCUCCAAAACCCCUGCCCCAAAUGAAACUGUCAUUGAGCCUCUAAUGUGCACUCCUCUUUCAGUUUCCAAAACUUCUCCUCAGUCAUUCAUCUUGGAUCAGACGCCUUCAAAUUUUAUGCCGUAUAAGCGCAGCUUCCAGUUACCAAAUUUGGAGGAAAUUCAUUGUAUAGAAGAAAAAGAAAAAGAAAAAGUUGCAGAGGAAAUUUAUUGUAUAGAAGAAAAAGAAAAAGUUGCACUCUCGCAAUCAGUGAACAAGCGGGUAAAGCGUCGUACCUGUCGCUAUGCCUUGCGGAGUUGCGGACCUCCACAAACCAAUAUAGCAGCUAGCCGAAAGGAGUUGAACAGAAAAAGGAGUCGAAAGGAGUCCGAUUCACUAAAAAGUCAGUCACAUGAGAUUCAGGAGUUAGAUUUCAUUCCCAUUGCUCCUACACCAAAAGAAGUUGAAGAAGACCUGUGCAAAAUUUUUCGACAAAAUAAAAGACGUAAAACUCGAAAACUUCCUCUGCGGUGUUUGUCGAAAGACUCUGUUUCAACUACUCUCAGAUCAGCGUACUCUCUGGAAAUAGAACAAAGGAAACAGAAGAGGCAAGCAAGUAAGGAACGAAAGAAAGAAUGUAAGAAGGCGCUGGUCAGAGAGAAGCUGAAGAAGCAGAAGGUCAAAAAUAAGAACUUGCAGGGAAAUGUUCGACAAAUGACUGCGCUGAUGAAAAAGAUUAAAAGUAAUAUUCACCACCGUCUAAAACUGUUGUUAGAUGAGAAUCUGCCGUUUAGAAGUGGACUCAAAAAAUUUCAACUGAAAUAUUUAAGAGAUCUUACAUCAAUACGUGAUGACGAUUACGUGGCAAUGUUGGAGGGCAUUAAUAAAUGUAAAUCUCUUUUCAAAAAAACAGGAAUGUUUCAUGAAAUAACCGAUUGGGCUUCUAAAUUGUAUAAUAUGUUGAAUAGCAUUAUGAAUAAGAAAAAUCGUAAGUUACCAGCACACUUUAAAUUAAAGCAGAAGCUAAGUUUAUCGAAAAGCAAAAUGGAAAAACUGAAACCGACAACCCGAACACAAGUAGCGCAAGAUGAAUCAAGAAAAUCAAAAAAAUUGAAUUCAUGGACCGAUGAGAAACCAAAAAUACACCAAAUGAGAGACAAGCAAGCAUUCGAAUGUAGGAGCCGUAUCAAUGAAAAAGCAUGCAGUUCAAAAAAAGAACCAUAUCCAGCCAACUCCACGCCAAAUGAAAAUGCCAGAAGUAGAGAUAGCUCGCCUGACGCAAGUGAGAGCCUAAAUGAUUUCAACUGGUUAACACUAGAUGCCUGGAGGACAGAUUAUGAAGAUCUAUCAAGUGAUGAAAUGCCUGCUUCUACACCUGAAAAUGUUCCUGUUGCUGAAAGCAGCAGCACUGAGGAUCAACUACAUCGACCAAGAAGCGAGUCAGAAUCAUCAUGUCAGGAAGUCCCUGUUGAACCCAAUUCAAAGAUUAUUGAAGUAGUCUCACUUGAUGAAGUUGAAGAGAGAGACACUCAUCUUUCAACUUCUCCUGUGAAUGAACAAACGCUUACUAAUGAAAUUGAAAUGGAAGUGAUUGAUCAAACUCUAAUUCAUGAUGCAAUGAGUUCAACCCUGGUACGCUCCAAAGAAGCUUCAAUGCUGCGCACACGUCCUCGUCCUGAUGAUGAUCAACUCAGUGUUUCAAGCGAGGAUUCAUUCUCAGUAGACAUAGGGACAAAUAUCUUUGUUCCUGGGGGAGUUUCCUUCAAAGGACGGCGGCCCAUUAUCAUUGAUGGCUCAAAUGUUGCCAUUGCCCAUGGUAUUUCAAAAAGAGGGAUCAGAGUAUUUUCAUCGAAAGGUCUUGAGAUAUGUGCCAAAUUCUUCACCAAGCGAGGUCACAAAGUCAUCAUCUUUGUUCCGUUGUUCCGAAGAAGUGACCAUCACACCCUCCAUCCUGAAAUCUUGAAUAAGCUGUCUGACAGAGGGUUGAUAACAUACACUCCCAGUCGAAGAGUCAAUCAUAAACUGUCUGUACCAUAUGAUGACAGGUAUAUCGUACAAUGUGCUGUUGCCCUUGGAGGAGUGAUCGUGUCAACUGAUAACUUCCGAGAUCUGCUGCAAGAGAAUCCCACUUGGAGGAGCACCAUUGAAAAAAGGUUGUUAAUGUUCACAUUUGUUGGAGAUAUGCUUAUUUUCCCUCAAGACCCUCUUGGAAGACGUGGCCCCAAGCUAGAUGAAUUUCUGAUGUUUCCAAGAUGAGUUGUGAGUUACAUGCAUAAAUCAUCUUAAUGAAACUCUAAAUCUGUUGAGUCUCUGUUGCAGUUAAAGGAAAUUGUAUUUCUGUUUAUAACCAGUUUUAUAAUCAUUCUUUUUUGUUAUAAUUGAUUCUCUCAUGCGUGAAGGAUCUCAGCGCAAAAAAGCUUGUAUGGCUUUAAUGUCAUAAUGAGCUUAGGAGUUCAAGUUUUUAUCGCUCUUGGACCCUUUGUGCAUUAAUUCUCCACUUAUGGGGUCUUUUACUCAAAUCACAAGUUUUGUAUAAUUUUGAUCAAAAGAAAAAAAGAAAAAAAUCAACCACUAUGUACUUGCCUGUGAUGCUCAGAAUAGUAUUUAGUAGAAAAGUCAUAAAUAUAUUUAUUUUUCAUCUCACUUUUCCUGUCACUGAUUUGUUGCUCUUGUUCUUUUCUGCUCAGAAAUGAAUCAAUCAUAUUUUUUUACUAAUUUAUACCUCCUGUUUUGUAUUAAAGACUUGUUUUCAGUUAUUGUUAUUUUUUUAAGCUAAUUGAAUGUCAAAAUGUAAAUUUACUGUUUCAAUCUGUCGUAAUAUUCAUAAUCCUCGAUCCAAGGAUUAUACUUAAGCUAAUAAAUCGUAGAUCACCUUUU